AUGACGCAAUUCCGAUCUUGCUUGCGCACGCAUGGAUUUCUGCUGCGGCUCCUGGCAGCAGACAAGGGACUGAGCUGCAUUAAGUUCUUCAAAGCCAAGAACCCAGGGGUGCUGUUCAUCGACGAGACCAGCGAGCUGGAAGUGGGCGCCUUUCUGUCCCUCACAGCAACUUUUCCACAGGCAGUCUGCCUGCUGGACAGCGGCCAAACCAUGAGCAAGGCCAACAGCACCAAAUUACAACUGGAUGACGAGCCGACGGAAGUGCAGACAGCAGAACUUCUCAAGAACACAUGCAGGCCCGAAUCGUCAGGGCUACCUGCCUGGCGCCAACAGAUCUUGGAAGCUGCACAGGCUCAGCAGGUGGUGGAGCUGCAAACGCGCUUGGAGCUCCGCUUCUCCACCUCCACUGGAGGUCUGGAGUCCUCGAUGAGUCCCAGGCCGGGCAAUCCGGUGAACUCCGCUCAUGUGCGAGGCGCGCAGAAGGAGAAAUCCAGCUCGGGGGCCCGAGGAAUCGAUGAUUUGACUGAAGGAAGUGUUACGAUGGUCAAAUUGAGUCGCUUGAUUGCAUUGCCCUUGCGUCUCUAG